UGUUAGCGGCUACUCUGCUUUGCGGGGAAAGGAGCGGGCCAUCCCGCAGCUGCCUCCCCGAGAGGUUCAGACCAUAUCCGGACGGUAAUGUAAGCAUUUUAGUUACACGAGAGGGAGGAAACAGGCAUGUCAGCUCUUUGUCCACCACCGUCUCCUGCAGUUGCUAAGACAGAGAUCUCUUUAAAUGGCGAAUCACCAUUAUUAGCUGCCACUUUUGCUUACUGGGAUAAUAUUCUUGGUCCCCGAGUGCGGCACAUCUGGGCUCCAAAGACAGAACAGGUACUUCUCAGUGAUGGUGAAAUAACUUUUCUUGCUAACCACACCCUGAAUGGAGAAAUACUUCGGAAUGCAGAAAGUGGCGCAAUAGAUGUGAAGUUCUUUGUUUUGGCUGAAAAAAGAGUAAUCAUUGUGUCAUUAAUCUUUGAUGGAAACUGGAACGGAGACAGAAGCACAUAUGGACUAUCAAUUAUACUUCCGCAAAGUGAACUUGGUUUCUACCUGCCACUUCACAGGGUGUGCGUGGAUAGGUUAACACAUAUUAUAAGGAAAGGAAGGAUAUGGAUGCAUAAGGAGAGGCAAGAACAUUUCCAGAAGAUUGUCUUAGAAGGCACAGAAAGAAUGGAGGCUCAGGGUCAGAGCAUCAUUCCAAUGCUGACAGGAGAAGUCAUUCCUGUAAUGGAACUCCUUUCAUCUAUGAAAUCACACAGUGUUCCAGAAGAAAUAGAUAUAAGUGACACAGUGCUAAAUGAUGAUGACAUUGGGGAUAGUUGCCAUGAAAGCUUUCUCCUCAAUGCUAUUAGUUCACACCUACAGACCUGUGGUUGUUCUGUAGUUGUAGGAAGCAGUGCAGAAAAAGUUAAUAAGAUUGUGAGAACAUUGUGCCUGUUUCUCACACCAUCUGAGCGGAAGUGUUCCAGACUCUGUAGAAGUGAGUCCUCUUUCAAAUAUGAGUCAGGACUUUUUGUUCAAGGCUUACUCAAAGAUGCAACAGGAAGCUUUGUGUUGCCCUUCCGUCAAGUAAUGUAUGCCCCAUACCCUACUACGCAUAUAGAUGUGGACAUCAAUACAGUGAAGCAGAUGCCCCCUUGUCAUGAACACAUCUAUAACCAACGACGAUACAUGAGAUCUGAGCUGACAGCAUUUUGGAGAGCUAAUUCAGAUGAAGAAAUGUCUCAAGAUCAUAUUAUCCACACAGAUGAGAGUUUCACACCUGAUUUAAACGUCUUUCAAGAUAUCGUACAUAGAGAUACAUUAGUAAAAGCCUUCCUGGAUCAGAUCUUUCACCUGAAGCCUGGCUUGUCUCUAAGGAGUACUUUUCUUGCACAAUUUCUGCUAGUCCUUCACAGAAAAGCCUUAACUUUAAUAAAGUACAUAGAGGAUGACACGCAAAAAGGCAAAAAACCUUUUAAGUCUCUUCGUAGCUUAAAGAUAGAUCUCGACUUGACAGCAGAGGGCGAUCUUAACAUAAUAAUGGCUUUGGCUGAGAAGAUUAAACCAGGUCUACACUCCUUUAUCUUUGGGAGGCCGUUCUACACUAGUGUACAAGAACGUGACAUGCUCAUGACAUUUUAAAGUCUUCCCUGUAUCUGAUAUUGCAGUCCUGCAGUGCAUUAAAUCUGUCAGUGGGACCCCCACACUGGUGACAAGCAUUGUCAACUGAGGGUGAAGCAUCAGGAGCACAGUAACAUUGAGGUGUAUCUCAAGCAUUAGGGGGUUUUGUUAGAGUGAAUUUCAGCUUAGCUAGAUAAACAUGAUUUUAAUUAAUUGGUCUCUUCUGUGUGUUUUUUUUAAUUGUAAAUGUUACCAGAGGUUCCUUGGCCAUAUUGGCUUAGUGGAUAAAUGUGGAUAUGUUUUAGUGUAUGAUAAAAGGAAGCAUUUUAAUUUUUAUUCCCCAGAAAUUUCUUUCAGGUGUGCAUCAGAUUUUUCCUGUUCUGCUGUGUCAGUAUUUUCAGUGUUUCCACAGAAAACAGUAUAUAUGUCCUCACUAACCAUGGAGGUUGCAGAAGCUGCACUUUCCAAGAGUUGUAGAGUUUUUAAAACUGUUAUUCUUAUGUAUGUGAUGAAAAUCUUGAAUAUGACUUUUACUCAUCUGCCUCUUCUAACACUACUGCCUUCUUCCUUUAGAGCAUUUAAACAUGUUUGCAGUUUUUAAUAUUCUACAAAGUGCUAUUUCUAAGUGCAGACUGUUGAUUAUUUGCAGCUUAAAUAGCAGUAUGUUGCACAUGGGAAUUAUAUCAUUACUCAAGCAGCUCUGUGCAUGUAAGUGCCAACCAGGAUACUCUUUUCAUGUAUUUCUGGACUGUCCUGCAGUGGAGUGGUCAGUCAUCAGCUAACUGAAGUCUUGCAAAACACAAAACAGAAGACUCGUGUCAUUCUACAGCAGUUGUCAGUCGUUCUGUGUAUAAACUGCUACUGGUGGUUGCACUGCCAGUUUCUUUGAGGCUCAUAGAAUCAUUUAGAAUGGAAAAGACCUUCAAGAUCAUUGAGUCCAACCAUUAACCCAGAACUGCCAGGUCCACUUAUAAACCUUGUUCUUAAAUACCACAUCUACACAUUUUUUUAAACUCUUCCAGGGGCAGUGAUUCCAUCAAUUCCUGGGCAGAUUGUUCCAAUGCUCGACAAAAUAUUCAGAUUAAAGUAUUAGACCCUUCCAAAGAACAUCAAGGUGAUAGCCAAGUUAAAAGAUAAAACAGUAUUUUCUUUUCAUUUACUUCACCAUUAGUAUAUUUAGUAAUCCUUAAUUUAGAGAUGUGCAUAGCUAUGAACUAAUGCAGUUAACAUUUUAGUAAGUUAGCUCUUGUCAUUAAGCUUACCUAUCUUCUUAGUUCAGCUUAGCAUAUCUCCAAUUUAGCUAGAAAAUCAAAACACAUUUUCUAUUGGUAUGUCUCAACCUUUCUUUCUCAGUAGUACGUAGAGCAGUGAGGUGUCAGAUGAAUCUAGACUUUUUUUUUACCCAUAAAUCAAGGUAUAUCUGUACUGCAGGUUGUUGUAUCUCUGCCCCUUUUGGACAGGUAUAGGAAUUUAUUUCUGUCAUUUUUCAGGAUAAAGUCAUAACUCAAUAUUCAUUGGAAAAGGGAAAGAGCUGCACUGAUUGGAGAAGCCAUGGCUGAUUUAUAACUUACCUUGUUUAUAACUCUCCUUUGUAAAUAGGUUUCUGUUUUCAAGAUAGCUUUUUAGUAUUACUUUCAUGCAGUGUGGCAGAAAAGUUAGAAGUUAGAUUCACAUUUUUCCUGAAAGGUCUAAUACUCAGAUUUUAAAAGAAAUACUGUCCUUUAUGUAGAUGCCCAAAAUUCCCUUACAUUUCCUGAAAGACAAAAGACUCUCAAUCAAAUGUUUAGAGCCUGUAAAAGAUGUGAAAUUGAGCCCCAUCUGCACACCAUUUUUGUGAGUCUGCAUCAUCAGUGUUACUGGGUUGCAAAAGAACUGACAGUUUGUGCAGCCAUCUUUUUGCUGUACAUGCAUGUAUAACUCUUGCACUAAGCUUGGUGAUUCAUCAGAGGACUUUGUCAGAAUUACAUAAGUUACUUGUGCUGAGAUUCUGUUUGUCAUUUUACCACUACUGCUCCCUUCUACAUUUUCAAUCAAGGCAUUAGAGCCUGAAUGUGCUUAAGUUAUUACUGUAGUGGAUAAAUAGUGAAAGAAAUGUAAUAAACACUGCCAAAACCUCUAAUGUAGAAGUUGUGUCAAAAUAUAAAAGCUUUAAAUCUGCUACUGAAAUUAAUCCUUUCAGCUUAAUAAGCAUUGGAAAAUCAACACUGACACUACUAACAGUGAAGCUUUUGUUUACUGAAGAUUCUGUUACUUUUUGAAGUUACUAAAAACUGGAAAUUCAAUUGCUGUUUUUGUUGCACAGUUGUCACAAGUGCAGAUUGUAUAGUGAAGUACAUUGUUAAAUGCAUCUGCAUGUUGUGUUGUAAACCUAGCUCAAGAAACAAAGUAAUAAAAUUCAUACACAGUUUUUGGACUUUAAUUGUUGCUGAGUUUUUCACAGAAUUUCUGCUCUGUAUCUAAAAGCAUCAUUAUCUUUUAUGCUUUGAAUUAAAGAAGAAACAUUUCUUCCUUCUUGUUAAAUUAA